UUUAUCAUUGUUAGAGGCUGUAGUUAAUGAAUGUUAAUGGUGUCACUGAUUAGCCGUCCUCUCUGCCUCUUCCCCCCUCCCCUACUCAACAGCUGGAAACAAGUAUUUUAGGCUUCCUUUAUAAAUACAACAAUCUUCCUGCUGCCUUUUUUUUUUAACAGAAGGGAGUUGAAGGAGAAAGGCAACCACGAUGUUUUUACUAUUGUUUCAGAUAUUGUUGGUUUCAUGGCUUGGAAAAGCAGAGCAAAGAGAAGAAAUGCAACAGAAAAACUCCCUACAUAUGCUCACUAAGUAUUUAGGGGAAUUUGAAAGAACUGUGAGGAAACCUGAGGGGCUAAUGGUAUCAUUGGCAGAAAUGAAAAUCAAACAACAGGACUUGUCACAAGGACCUCCUUUUAUUUCCCCAGAUACAGUUAAGCAAGAAGUGGCUGAUGAUUUGGGAGGCUGGGCUUCUGCAAACAUAACCCCAUCCUCUGGGUAUCCAAAACAUCCACCUUCUCGCCCACAGACUAAGAGAGACGCAGCAGCAGCCUUCAGAAAAGAUGCCAAAAAAUUCUGGGACCUUUUUAAAUUGAAGAGCAAGUCAAAAUCUGAAGAGGUGAUCCUUCCAAUCAAGAUGAGUGAGAUUUACCAGGAGGUUUGCAACAUGCUUCCUUUCUCUCAGAGCAUUACACAUGAAAAUUGUGACAAAGUGGUGAUACAAAACAACCUGUGCUUUGGGAAAUGCAGUUCUUUCCAUGUUCCUGGUGCUGAUGAUCGCAUGUAUAGCUUUUGUUCCCACUGCUUGCCCACCAAAUUCUCCAUGAAGCAACUGAAGAUGAACUGCACCAUGGUUAACCUAGUAACCAAGAGGGUUAUGAUUAUUGAAGAAUGCAAGUGUGUAGUUCAGAAUACAGAAGAAAUGGAAGCAGGGUUUCUACACCCACCCCUGCAUUCGAAUGAGCCUUAGCACAUAUGAACCAUCUGAAAUAACUUGACUUUCAAUUGAAUCUAUACUUGCUCAGAGCCAAGAAUGCUGAUAAAUCCUUUUGUAAUAGUUAGCAUCUGCCUUGAUAAAGACUGUUGUAGCUUAUAGGAAACAGCACACUCCAAACAUAAUUGCAGCUUGAGAAGUCCAUUAGCAACAAUAAUUUGAAUAGGCUUCAUCUUUUUUUAGGGGUAUAUUUGGGUAUGUGUUUUAUGUACAUUUUAAAACAAAAGUAUGAUUCUGAUAAAUGUGGAACACA